GAAUGAACUGUAGGUUAGUUUGCUAGUAGUUUGACAUAAACCCAUAGACCUAAUAUCCAUAUGCAUAGACCUAUUUAUAUAUAUUAUCUUUGUAGUCUGGUCUGAUAAUUAUAGUGUCCUGAAACUAUUGUUAUUGGUAACAAUUUUCAUUUUACAUUUCCAAUGAUCUUUUAUAACAUUUUCUUGAAAUUAAUUUUGCAAAACUUUGUCUGAAAAUUCAACUGUACAAUUAGACUACCUCAAGUAUAUUCAAGACAUUUGUUCACCUUGAAUUAAAAUAAUGCAUUCUGAAGGUAGACAGAAUGAUGUCCUUUUACCAAUGGAUGCAUACUUCGAUCAGCCAUUAAUAGAAGCAUUUCGAGAUGGUGCCGAUAUUAUUUAUGCUGGUACACUUAUUGUGGGUGCGAAUGUAUAUACUAUAAAAAUCAGAGAAUAUAUUGAAGACGAUAUAAAAAAAUUCGAAUUUUCGGAUGAUGAUUCUCUUGAAGAAAGAUUUUCAGGAAUAUAUCAGGAAAUAAGGAAUAUUAAAUCCAGAAAUAUAUCUACCUAUAUGAAAGAACUUGUCAAAAUAAUUGACAAAUAUAACCCACCUUUGAAAAAUAUUGUACCUAUCUUGCGUAAGAUUGUAUCUGAGUUCAUUGAAUUUGAAAAAUUUUAUAUAAAUUUGAAAUCACUUCAAGGUACACCUGACAUGUCUUCAAUAAAAAUAGUAUUUACUGAUCAAGCUAAUAGAACACAUUCCAUUGAAAUAGGUAUAGACCUUGAGACAACUUCUGAUAUUUUUUUCUUCAAAAAAUAUGAUGUGCCACCAAACAAAAAAAAUAUUCUGGAAGCAAGGUCUUCAAAUUUGAAGGAAUUGUAUAAUAAGUUUUUAGGAUAUAUAGAAGAUCUUCAACCCUUCUUUGAUUUAUUGGACCUGAUAGAUGCUAAUUGUAUUGUUUUAGAUCCAAAAGAUUGUUUGAGAAAAUAUAAUUAUAGAAGAGUUUUAAUUGAAAAAAAUUUUUCUGUUAUUCUUACUUUAGAUCCUUGUAAUGUAAAUUCAUGUCCUAAUCUAGCAUUUGUUGGUCCAGAUAGAUUAGUAAAUGAAUUUCAACAUAAAAUAAAAGAAAAUUUAGAAAAUUGGGACAAUCAAGGAUAUUUAUAUGAGCAAUUACUACUUCUAUUGGGAAUUGAAAAAUUCCCAAAAGAACCAAAGGAUACUUCUAUUUCUGAAGAUCCAAACAGCGAUCAAUUGAAAACAAAUACUGAUUGUAGUAUAUGUUUUUCUUCUGAUAUAAAGGGUAAUUUGCCAGAUGUAAUAUGUGAUAACAAAUGUUGUGAAAAUAAUUAUCAUAGAGAUUGUCUUUUUGAAUGGUUAUCUUCUAUUGAUUCACGAAAAUACUUUGAUAAAAUUCAAGGCUCCUGUCCUAAUUGUGAAAAAACUAUUUCUUGUCCUAUUGUUGCAUAACACCAAAGUACCUAUCAAUAGAUUAUUACAGUUUUGUUAAACGUGUAUAUUUAAAACUGUUUAAUUAGAUUGGAUACUUUUGUUAGCUUGCCUACUGUUCAGACACAGUUUUGUUGAUAUUGAAAGAAUCAUAUAUUGUGGAAUAUACUUAACAUUUUAUACAAUUUUGUGGUCUCAUAAUGAUAUAUUCAACUACCAGAAUAUAAUGAAUAAACAAUGCAGAAAAG